AUGGCUCUCUCGGUGCUCAAUCUUCCAUUUUGGGAGCAAGGUGCGGGAAAUGUGAUAGAGUCUACGGAUGUAGCGCCUCUAGUUGUCGUAGAAGGCUUUCUAAGCUGGACUGCCGGCUCCGCCUUGCUCUGGGGUAAAUUCGAAACGUACUUGAAUGCACACCGCGAAAAACUUGGGAUACAUAAGAGGAGAAAACGUCGGACCCUCGAUUAUGGAGAGGAGCACGCUCGCACACACAAACAUCGUCGAUUCGGAAGAUUCCACCCAAAGGGACUCUACCCGGACUGGUCUUCUCACUUCCCUUUACAUUUUAUCGGCCAGAGUAUGGGAGGAGCAACUAUCACGACACUGAUAACUCUUCUUCGCUCCGGAUUCUUCGGCCGGCACAACUAUGCCGAUAUGGUCUUAUCUGUCACCACCCUAUCAACGCCGUUCCGAGGAACGCAGUUAGUAUAUCAUCUAGGAGAAAACAGAGAUUCCUCGUGUGAGGGAUUAUUUCCAGAUUUACACGCAGAAUCGAGGGAAAUGACUUUUGCUGAAACCCCUUUCAAUGAGCUUUGGGAACAAAUACAGCGCUCCAGUUGGACGGAGAGCAAAGAUACUGCUUCAUGGGAUUCCACUUUCCAAGCGGCUGAAGAGAGUAGUCAACUCUUUUGGUUAAACGCCAAGAAAAACCCAUCACGGACAUGGUUUCGGUCAUACGCAGCCUCUAUGACAGAGAGGGAGUCCUUGGAUACACCAUUCCACACUCCGAACAUAUCGAAGUUCUUUCCUACACCUGCUUUGUAUUUCUCAGCCAGAUUGAUUGGUCGAUUUGACUUCUCGUCUAUCUCGCCUACCCCAGCUUUCUUAUUUCCACCUAGCUCGGACCCUCCGCCUCCUUCCACACGAUACUUUACUCCCGCAUCUACUCCGUACCUAUCCCCACUUCGGUCAUCGACGCUUAUUCUCUUAUCCGACUCUGAUGAGGACGAUGACGAUGACGAACUGGGCUACACUUCAGGACCUUUGUCUUCGAGCGUACCAAACGCCCUAUCCGAGAAAUAUUACUCAAAUGAUGGUAUUGUUCCACUUUUCAGUCAAUGGCAUCCGGGUGAAUGCUCAACUUCACGAUGUAUUCACCAUUCGACGGAUAAGUCACCACCUCCAUCCCCUCCCAUUCAGAUGAAGUCCCUACUAGACGAACCUAUAACUGCCAGCACUAUUCACACCUCACAUGCACCAACAUCACUUCGCGGUGCUGAUACCAGUCUGGGACCUCAUUUCAAGCCUGGGAUCUUUCACGUGUAUCAUCUUGAAGGGUCGACGAAUCACGGAAGUGUGAUGCCAAUAUGGUUUGGAACGGAAGCAAAAACAGUUCUGGCAAGAUGUUGGCGAGUGGUUGGAACUCGUUGA